GCGCGGCGAAGCGGAUAGCAGCCCGGCAGUUUGAUGAGUGUCGGGGCGCUGUGAUAAAAGGCUGCCUACAAGCUCGUAAAAGGCUGCCCUGGCGCGCUCACGCACACACCAGGACGCGCGACGCAGCCCAGACGACGCACGAUGGCCGGCGCGCCCGCCGCCGCGGCGCGCAAGCCCCUGCCCGAGCGCCUGCGCGACAAGCUGCGCGAGCAGAACGAGGCGCGGCGCCAGGUCUACAACCCCUACGCUCCAUUGGAGGCGCCGCCGGACGAGUACGAUGCGGAGCGGCGCAUGAUGGACGAAAUAUUGCGAGGCGCGGGACGCGCUCCGCCGGCGCCGGCCGCACCCGAGACAUCAUCGGGAGACCUCGUGGGCCAGAUGGCCGGUAGGCUGCGCAAGCUCGAAGAAAGUGUCUUGAAACUGCGACAGGAGGCGUCGAAGCGCGAUUUAGAACUAAGACGAUUAAGACAUGAAAACGCCGAGCUCCGCAAAUUAGUUGGCGACGACUCGACAGUGACCUCCUUCGACGAGUGCGAGAGCCUGAGGAAGGAAAUAGCGGGCAUGAAGGCCUUCCUGGCGGACUACGGGCUGGUCUGGGUCGGCGGCCCGGCGCCGGCGCCGGCGUUUGAUAGCGACAAGUUGCUGAAGAAGCUCAACGACUUAAAUGAGAAGGUCGCCGACAAGAAGAUCGUGCAGAACGGUUCUUCCGCAAGAUUCGAGCAUGCGAAGAUGCUCCGUGUUUGUGUUUAUGCGGACGGGCUGCUCGUUGGUGGUGGACCGGCUAGAUCAUUUGAAGACUCCGAAGCCUUCGUCAAGGACGUGUGCGACGGCUAUUUUCCGCAGGAGUUCAAGGCGACAUAUCCCGACGGCAUCAAGUUGGAUGUGCGAGACUGUAGGACUGAAAGAGCGCCCUUCCAGGGCGCGGGCCAGGCGUCGGGUCGGAAGGCUCGGACCUUGUCAGAUAUCGGUGCCACGGAUAUGCGCGUCGACGACUUUUUGAAUAAACUACCGCAGAAGACCAUCGUCGACGGACGGCCGGUCGACGUGCGCGACGCGAUCCGGGAGCGGCUCGUGCCGUCCGUCGAGGCGCCCGUGCCGUCCGACGCCUUCGCGACGAUCCAAGUCCGGGCUUUUACUGGUGCGCGCUUCGUGCUGAAGUUCGGCGCGGGCGCGACGGUCGCGGAUUUGAGGGAUCGCAUCGACGCCGAGGCGGCGUCGCCGGAGCCCUACGAGAUCCGCACGGCCUUCCCGCCGCGGAGCUAUCGUGAUAAUGAAGCGACGCUCGAGGCCGAGGGCCUCGUGCCGACGGCCGUCGUCGUGCUGCAGAAGGUAAGUGCGUCUACUUAGUA